AUGUUAUUCGAAGGUCCUCUUAGUAAGUGGACAAAUGUCAUACAAGGUUGGCAAUAUCGUUUUUUUGUUCUUGAUCCCACUCAAGGAAUGCUUAUUUAUUAUACAUCGAAAGAAAAUAUGGUUAAAGGUGAUCGACGUGGUGUAGUUCUAUUGAGAGGAGCAUAUUUAGGUAUUGAUUCGGAAGAUGAUAGUACGUUCACUAUUCGAUCACAUGGUAAAACAUUCCAUUUUCAAGCUCGUGAUGCUGAAGAAAGACAAAAAUGGAUUUCUAAUCUCGAAGAAGCUAUAAGUCUUAAUAGUGUUAAUACUGAUAAAUUAUCUGUUUCGAGUACAUCUUUAUUUGAACGUAAAAUAGCAGAAGCUGAUGCUUAUUUACAAUUAUUAAUUGAUCAAGUUAAUGCACUUGAACAAAAAAGUGAACAAGAACAAAAUAUAUCAGAACAAGAAUGUUGUAAACGUGUUGUUGGAUCGGCUAAAAGAUUAAUUGAAGCAGUUAAAUAUUCAAUUGUAUCAUUACAAUUGGCAAAAGUACAUAUGGACCCACAUAGUGAUGUCAAAGCAGAUGUUGAUUAUCAAGCUGUUUUGUCUCAUAUGAAUAUUCAUAAGGAUAAAUUUCUUAAUAAUAACGAAGCAUCAUCUGCUACCGCUCAUUCGAAUGUUCGCGGUGCAUCAAAUGAAGAAAAUGAUCCAGAGAGAGCAUCACUUGGAUCGUUAGACUUUCGUACAGCUGUCAAAACUGUCCGCAAAAAUUUUCCAGUAUCAUCUUAUUCCAGUAGUGAUGAUGAUGAUGACUUUUAUGAUGCUGAUGAAGCUAUGGAUACACCAACAAUAUCACCAUCAUCAACAGCAACUAAUCUUCAACAAACAGUAUCAAUUAAUAUACAAAAUAAUGAUGUCUUAUCAAAAACUACUGAUAAAUCAACAUUAUUAUUACAAAAUCUUCAUAACAAUCUAGGUGUUAAAACAAAAAUGAACGAAAAUCAAAUAGAUGGAACAAAUCGUACAAUUAGUUCACAAAUUCCAUUUGAAAUCUAUGAAGCUGCAUAUGAAGAAGAAGCAGAAGAAGAUCUUGCACCUAUUGAUGGUACGAUUAUAUCACAUUUAAUUUCUCAGGCCCGUAUUUCAAUGGAUUUAACGAAAAUAACACUUCCAACAUUUAUCCUUGAACGACGUUCUUUUCUUGAAAUGUUAGCUGAUUUUCUCGCACAUCCAGAUCAAUUUGUAAAUGUUACAGAUUAUAAUACACCACGUGAUCGUUUUAUUCAAGUUGUUAAAUGGUAUCUGUCUGCAUUUCAUGCUGGUCGUAAAAGUGCAGUACCAAAAAAACCAUACAAUCCAAUACUUGGUGAAACAUUUCAAUGCUAUUAUGAUAUUGGCUCAUCUUCUUCUAAUACGAAAUUAGCUAAAGAUGGUCCUGUUCCAUGGACAUCCGAUGAUAAUGUUACUUUUAUUGCUGAACAAACUUCUCAUCAUCCACCAAUUGCAACAUUUUAUGCUGAAUGUCCAGCAAAACGUAUUCAAAUUGAUGGUUGUCUUUGGACAAAAUCGAAAUUUUUAGGCUUAUCUGUUGCUGUACAUAUGAUCGGUGAUGCAACAUUAACAUUACUUGAUCAUGAUGAACGUUAUGUGAUGACAUUUCCAAGUGCAUAUGGCCGAUCUAUACUCGGCGUUCCAUGGUUUGAAAUGGGUGGUAAAGUAUCUAUUGAAUGUGAAAAAACAGGUUAUUCAGCAAAUAUAGAAUUUUUAACAAAACCAUUUUAUAAUGGAAAAAAACAUCAAAUAACUGGAAGUUUAUAUGGACCAGAUAAAAAAGAAUUUGGUAAAAUUGAUGGUGAAUGGAAUGGUAUAAUGUAUGCGAAAUAUAGUGAUACAAAAAUUUCGGAUAUAUUUUUUGAUACAAAAACAACGCCGGUUAUUAAAAAAAUUGUUCGACCUAUUGCUGAACAAGGAGAAUUUGAAAGUCGACAUUUAUGGAAAGAUGUGACUUAUUAUUUAAAAUCGAAACAAUUAGAUAAGGCAACUGAAUCAAAAUCAUUUCUUGAACAGCGACAACGUGAAGCAACUAAAGAACGUGCAGACAAAUCAGUUAAAUGGGAAACUAAAUAUUUUACUGAAUCGGGUGAACAAAAAUGGACAUAUGAACAUAAAUUAAAUAAACGAUUAAAACAACAAUCUUGA